AUGAAAGUUGAAUCAAUAUUUGAAUUACUUGAAUUAAAUGAUGAAGAUCGUGAUGAAAUUUUACAAAUGAAUCAAGCACAAUUAACAGAUGUUGCUAUAUUUUGUAAUAAUUAUCCAAGUAUUGAAGUUAAACAUGAACUUGUUAGUCAAAAAGCAAAUAUAGGACAACCAGUUGAAAUACGAAUAGAACUUGAACGUGAAAACGAUGAAAAUGGUUUUGCACCACCAGUUGUUGCUCCAUUCUUUCCUCGUUAUCCUUAUCCUGCUGGUCGUGUUCCAUUUUAUUCGCGUAAUUAUGUUCCAGAAAAUUUGGAAGAAGGAUGGUAUUUAGUUGUUGGUGAUCCUUUGAAUAAUCAAUUGCUUUCAAUUAAAAGACUGACAGUAAAUGUGAAGGCACAACAUGUUCUUGAUUUUGUCCCAACAAUAUCUUCACAAAAAGCAAAUUAUAAAUUAUAUUUUAUUUGUGAUUCAUAUUUGGGUGCUGACCAAGAAUUUGACCUUCCUUUGCGUGUUUCUGAGUCUUCUUCAAGUUCAUCAACAACAUCUGAAAAGGAGGGAGGUGGAAGAUCGUCUGAUCGCAAACGAAAACACGAAGACGUUAAGGAUGCCAAAUAA